AUGAUGCCGAGUAUAACCGAGCUGGGUGAGAUAGAUAAAACCAAUUUCUGUGCUAUCCACAACUACACAAGAGCCCAACGAACUGAUACACCAAUUCUACGAUUUGAUGCUCCUGUAAUAUUCACUAAUGUGGAGUUACUGAAGGAUUGCAUACAAGAGCUACUAGGGACCACUGAAAAGAAAAGGCCCGAAAGUAUGGCUUUGGAACCGAGCUGGAAAGCGCUCAUAUUGGACUGCAGUGCAUGGACGUAUACGGAUGCAAUGGGGAUCGAGGCCAUAAAGGAGGUGAACGAUGAACUGCGCUCCAAACAAGUGUUUCUGAUUCUAGCCAACAUGAAAAGUUCCAUUCGGCGGCAGUAUGCGCUUGCAGGACUCUUCAAGUCAUUCCACGAGAACCAGUUCUGCCCGACCAUCGCCGAUGCUCUUUCAAUAGCUGCUGAUGUACGGACAAAAGCACCGGCGUUCACUGUUGCAGACAAAAAUGACCUGGCAGUUGUUAAGUAG